AUGAAGAGAAUAAGAGACGAUCUUUUUUCAGCCUCUGCCUCUCAAUUUAAACGGCCGUUAACUUCUACACGUGGAGAAUGCUAUGGGCAAACACAAAUUCCUGGAGGAGGAGGAGGCGGCGGCGGCGGGGGAGGUAAUGUUAGUUCGCAGAAACUAACUACCACCGAUGCCUUACAUUAUCUCAAGGAAGUUAAGGACAUGUUUCAAGACCAAAAGGGAAAAUAUGACAUGUUCCUUGAAGUCAUGAAAGAUUUCAAGGCUCAAAGAACUGACACUUCUGGUGUCAUUGCAAGAGUGAAGGAGUUAUUCAAAGGUCAUAAUAACUUGAUAUUUGGAUUUAACACCUUCUUGCCCAAGGGAUAUGAAAUAACCCUCGACGAGGAUGAGGAUGAGGCUCCGCCAAAGAAAACAGUUGAAUUUAACCAAGCUAUCAAUUUUGUAAACAAAAUAAAGAAACGUUUCCAAAAUGAUGAACGUGUUUAUAAAUCAUUUCUAGACAUUUUGAAUAUGUACCGGAAGGAAAACAAGGACAUAAACGAGGUCUACAGUGAGGUUUCGGCUCUUUUUGAGGACCAUGAGGAUUUGCUUGAUGAGUUUGCUAGAUUUUUGCCAGAUACUUCAGCAACACCCAUGACACAUGCUGUUCCAUCUGCCCGGAAUGCUAACCAGCAUUACAAUGAGCGGAACUCUACUGCACCCUCCACACGGCUAACACAAAUGGACAGGCAACGUCGGCGUGAUAGAGUUUCUUCUUCCCAUGCUGAGUGCGACCUUAGUGUUGAUCGACCAGAGAUGGAAGAUGACAAAGCAAUGAUGAAAGUGCUUAAGGAGCAGAGAAAGCGUGGUGAAAAGGAGAAUAGGGAUAGGAGAAUUCGUGAUCAGGAUGAUAGGGAGCCUGAGCAUGAUAGCAGUAGAGACUUCAGCUUGCAACCCUUUCCUGACAAAAGGAAAUCAUCCCAAAAGGCUGAAGGUUUUGGAAAUUCUAACUUUGCUUCUUAUGAUGACAGAGAUAACAUAAAGAGCAUUUACAACCAAGAAUUUGUCUUCUUUGAGAAAGUCAAGGAGAAGUUGGGAAAUGAAGAUGAUUAUCAAGCAUUCUUGAAGUGCCUUAACAUUUAUAACCAAGGAAUUAUUAAAAGGAAUGAGUUACAAAAUUUGGUGACUGAUUUACUUGGAAAGUAUCCUGAUCUUAUGGAAGAGUUCAUUGAUUACCUGGAGCGUCAUGGCCAUAUUGCUGGGUUCCUUGCUGGCGUUGCAAGCAAAAAGUCACUGGGUAACGAUGGACAUGCAUCCAGAUCACUGAAAGUGGAUGACAAAGAUAAGGAGCAGAAGCAUGAAAUAGAUGGAGCCAAAGAAAAGGAAAGAUGCAGGGAGAAGUAUAUGGCUAAAUCCAUUCAGGAGCUUGACCUUUCUAACUGUGGACGUUGUACUCCUAGUUACCGGCUUCUUCCAGAUGACUAUCCAAUAUCUUCAGCAAGCCAGAGAUCGGAGCUUGGUGCGCAAGUGUUGAAUGAUCACUGGGUCUCCGUGACUUCAGGAAGUGAGGAUUACUCUUUUAAACAUAUGCGUAGAAAUCAGUAUGAAGAAAGUCUGUUUAGGUGUGAAGACGAUAGAUUUGAGCUGGACAUGUUGUUGGAAUCUGUGAGCUCUACUACUAAGCGUGCAGAAGAAUUGUUAAACAGCAUAAAUGAAAAUAAAGUAGAAACCCCAGUCCAUAUUGAAGACCACCUUACCGCUUUGAACUUACGGUGCAUAGAGCGGUUAUAUGGUGAUCAUGGUCUUGAUGUGAUGGACAUAUUGCGGAAAAACACAAUUCUUGCAUUGCCUGUUAUAUUAACUCGUCUGAAGCAGAAACAAGAGGAGUGGACUAGGUGUCGUACAGAUUUUAACAAGGUUUGGGCUGAAAUUUAUGUGAAGAACCAUUACAAAUCACUGGAUCAUCGGAGCUUCUACUUCAAGCAACAAGAUUCAAAGAACUUAAGCACAAGAUUUAAGCUCACCUUGGCAUAUUCUCCAAGGGAAUGUUUGACAGGAUGGGGAGUUGGGAGAGUGGAAAAUGUUUCUUGGGAGCUUUUAGGAGGCAUGACUCCGAGCCUACCUGAUUACUCCCUUUGGUUAUACGUGUACAUGGGUCAGCUGAGAAAUUUUAGUUUUGUGCCUAGGAACAUGCAAGAGACAUUGGUGGCUGAGAUUAAGGAGCUGAAAGAGAAACAGCAGAAAGAGGAUGAUGUUCUUCUUGCUUUCGCAGCUGGAAAAAGACAACCCUUGGUACCAAAUUUGAAAUAUGAUUACCCGGAUAAAAACAUUCAUGAAGACUUGUAUAAACUUGUCCAGUAUUCCUGUGAAGAGGUUUGCUCAACGAAAGAACAAUUGAAUAAAGUUCUAAGACUUUGGACUAACUUCGUGGAACCAAUGCUGGGUAUUGUUUCUCAUCCCAAUGGCUCGGAGAUUUCUGAAGGUGAAGGGAAACCAAAGCAUCCUGUCAUGAAUUGCACUUCGUCAAGCAUGGCAGAAAUUGAAAAUCCUAAUUCUGUUCCCAUGAUAUCAACUUCUAAGCAAGCAAAAUCACCCAGCAAUGGAGAUGAAAACAUUUUACAAGAAUUAGGAAACCUUUGCAGGCUGAGUUUUGAAAGUUCAGAUAAAUUAACUAAGGAUGACAGCUCAUGUGAACUUGAUCAUGUUUGUAAGGAUGGUCGAGCAUUUAAUGUGCUUAGGCAAGAAAGAGAGCAGAAAGAUAAAGUUGUAACCGUCAGAGUAUCUGGAUUGAAUAUACAAGGAGUAGCAGAUUCCAAAACAUCAUUUAUGAUAGGAUCAGAAUGUGGUCAUGAAAGGAACAGUGUUGGGGAGAUAGCAGGAUCAGGUUCAAUUCUGCCUGUGCCCGGUGGUGUUGCUGUCGAGGACUGUAAAAUCAAAGCUGGUAUUGACGCUGGAUCACCUUCAGAGGGUGGGAUUGCUGUAAAAUCAGUUUUACCUGCAAAUGAAGGAUUCAGGGAUGGUGCUAAAAAUGAUAGAUGUCAUGAAGGAUCCACUGGACCUUCCAAAAUUGAGAAGGAAGAAGGCGAGUUAUCCCCUAAUGGUGAUUUUGAAGAGGAUAAUUUUGAUGCCUAUGGAGAUUCUGGCUUGCAGGCUAUGGCCAAGGGAAAGAAUAGUGUUGGAUGCAUGCGACAUGGAUCUGGAAAUGGUGAAGAGUUACACAGGCAGGAUAUUGUAGAAGGAAAUGUUGCUGAUGAUGAGGAUAGUGAAAAUGUUUCAGAGGCUGGUGAUGAUGCAUCAGGCAGUGAUUCUGCUGGUGAUGUCUGCUCCCGGAAAGAGCUUGAGGAAGAUGAAGAUAUAGAAUGUGAUGAUGCAAAAGCUGAGAGUGAAGGUGAAGCCGAGGGGAUGGUCGAUACAAAGGAUGUUGGAGCUGCACCAUUACCAGAACAUUUUCUCAUGUCUGUUAAGCCUCUUGCAAAGCAUGUUCCAACAGAUUCAGUUAACGAGGAAAGGAAAGAUUCCCGGAUCCUCUAUGAACGCAUUUUAUCAGCAAAAGUGAAUUCAUCUGGUGCUGAAAUCAAAUGGAGAACUUCUAAGGAGGCUCGUUCUUCAGAUCCUUAUGCCAGUGCACUAUACAAUUUACUAGAUGGAUCUGCUGAUAAUGCAAAGUUUGAGGAUGAGUGCAGAGCUAUUAUUGGAAAUCAGUCAUAUGUGUUAUUCACACUGGACAAGUUAAUAUAUAAAUUAGUCAAACAGCUUCAAACUGUUGCAUCUGAUGAGAUGGCUGGUAAGCUUCUUCAAUUAUAUGAAUACGAAACAUCCCGGAAAUCUGAGAGCUUCAUUGAUUCGGUGUAUUAUUACAACACACGGUUUUUCCUUCAUGAGGAGAACAUUUAUCGGUUAGAAUUUUCAUCUGCUCCAUGUACAUUAUCCACCCAGCUGAUGGACAAUGCAACUGAGAAGCCCGAGGUGUUGGCAGUUUGUGUGGAUCCAACUUUUGCUACAUAUUUGCAUGAUGAUUAUCUGUCUAUCUGUCCUGGAAAAAAGGAGUCGCAUGGGAUUACACUGCUGAGAAACAAGCAGAAAUAUGCUGAUCUAGAUGAAUUUUCUGCUUUAAGCAUGGCCAUGGAAGGUGUUAAAAUGUUCAAUGGUUUGGAGUGUAAGGUUGCCUGCAAUUCAUGCAAGCAUGGAACAGUUGAUGAACCUAAGUCUAGAGAAUUCUUCCCAGCUUGCAGAUUUGAUAAAAAGGCUCUUAAGAAAAUUUCUAGUACAAGUGGCCAUAUUAGCCGAUCUAAUUCCACUCAGGUGUAUGAAUUGGAGAUGAUUGAAUCAGAGGAAUUGGAUGAUUCCUCACAUCCAGUUUCAGUGGCCCAAAAAUAA